AUGCGUUCCUUCCUACCGUUGUCGCUCUCCCUACCCUGGCUCGCCAGCGGACAAUAUGUCUCGUUUCCUCGAAGGGACACACGAGCCACGCUACCAUGCGGAACACUCGUCAACGGCUUCAUCGAUGCGAAAUCCUCUUCUGUACGCCAAUUCCUGGGUAUCCCUUUUGCACAACCGCCCGUUGGGAAUCUCCGCUGGGAGCCACCGCUCGCUAACAAACCCUCGUCGCCUGUGAAUGCAACCGCAUAUGGCAGGUCUUGCACGCAAUUCGAGCCGCUCACACCAAAUCUCGAGAACACGGACGUUCCCGAGUUGACGAUCCAAAACAAGAACACUGGCGAGGACUGUUUGACGCUAAGCUUGUGGACGCCUACGAAUGCAACUAAACUACCGGUCGUGGUAUUCUUCUAUGGCGGGGGCUGGUAUACCGGUGGACAAGAUGUUCCUUACACGAUCCCAACGCAGUGGGUGCAGAGGACGAAAGACUUGAUCGUCGUAAAACCAAAUUCGCGAGGAAACAUAUUUGGGUAUCCGAAUGCGGAAGGAGCAACGAACCAGAACCUAGGCAUGCUUGACCAACGGCUUGCAGUUGAGUGGGUACGAGACAACAUUGAAGCGUUCGGGGGCAAUAGUUCCAAGAUUACUAUCUGGGGCCAAUCUUCUGGCGCAGAACAAGUUGAUUUCUACAACUUCGCUUGGCGCGAAGAUCCCAUCGUUCAAGGCCUCAUCAUGAACUCUGGAACUGCGUUCAUCGAGGACGGCUCGGGUCCUAAAUACUCCAACUUCUCUUACGUCUCCGCGCAGGUAGGCUGCGGGAACAGCACCGACGCCGGAGCCGAGAUUGCGUGCAUGAAGAAGAUUGACGCGGCGACGAUCGAGAAGGUCAUUGCAGACAAUCUGAAUGGAGGAGGGGUGCCGCCGUUGGCUUUCGGUGCAUCGGCUGAUGAGCAGAUUGUGCCUUCAAACUUGACGGCAUGGGCGCUCGAGGGUAAGAUCACGAAAGUGCCCGCUAUUAUCGGCAUCGAUCGGAACGAGGGCGUAGGGUUCGUAACAUACAACGCCAGCGGACCGAGCGCAGAAGAUCAAGUUUUGUCGGAAUUCUGGUUUCAGACGCUCUUCCUCUGCCCCUCUUUCAAGACGUCGAAGCUCCGUGCCGCAGCCGGCCUCCCAACAUACCGUUACAUGUAUGCCGGCAACUUCAGCAACAUCUCUCCACGACCAUGGAUGGGGGCUUAUCACGGCUCCGAACAGCCGAUGCAGUUUGGCACCCACGGCAACUACAGAGGCGCAUCGACACCAUACCAAAUCGCCGUCAGCGAAGCGAUGCAGGACGCAUAUCGUGCGUUCAUCAACGACCCGCAGUCUGGGCUGAAGGGACAUGACUGGCCAGAAUUCACAGGGGAUUCUGACGUUGUGAGGUGGUUUGCGAGCAACGGUACCGUGGCCAGGAAUGCGGUCGGAGAGCUGAAGGCGUGGGAAGAUCAGUGUUGA